AUGGUUCGCCCGCGCGGAAGGUCGAAUCUGGGCGUGGACAUCCGGGGCGACACCAGCGCCCCCGCGAUGUCCACCAUGAAUGAAGUCAGCCCGAUUGAGCCUUCCUCCCCCGACCUGAGUAAGCAAUUCGACAAGCAGGCCAAGACACAUUCCAAGAAGCGCCGCAGUCGCUCGCUCCUCCACCGGUUCGCCGAUACAUGCCUCCGCUACACUUGGCUCCUCCCGCUGCUCAUUUUGACCUUCCUGCUGUCGCUGUAUGCUGUCAAUCCGACUCCUUCGAACCCCAUGCACAGUGCCAUCUUCCUGUCCUACCCGCAGCCGCCCAAGACCCCCGGCGGUCCCAUCAUGUACGGAAAGGGCAAGAAAGACAUCGCCUUCGUCGCCUUCUACACGGUGGUUCUGUCCUUCACGCGCGAGUUCAUCAUGCAGCAGAUCAUCCGCCCGUUCGCGGUGUACUGCGGAAUCCGCGGCAAGGGCAAGACAGCGCGAUUCAUGGAGCAGGUGUACACAGCCAUCUACUUUGGCAUUUUUGGACCCUUCGGCCUGUACGUUAUGAAGCGCUCCGAUAUCUGGUACUUCAACACCACUGCCAUGUUCGAGGGUUUCCCGCACCGCGAGCACGAGGGCCUCUUUAAGGCAUACUAUCUGCUCGAGGCUAGCUACUGGGCCCAACAGGCCAUUGUGCUUCUGCUGCAGCUGGAAAAGCCGCGCAAGGAUUUCAAGGAAUUGGUCGGACACCACAUUAUCACACUGGCGCUGAUUGCGCUGAGCUACCGAUUCCACUUUACCUACAUGGGUCUUGCGGUGUAUAUCACGCACGAUGUUUCGGAUUUCUUCCUGGCGACCUCCAAGACACUCAACUACAUCGAUGCAUGGAUCACCAUCCCCUACUUCGGCACGUUUGUCGGCAUGUGGAUUUACCUCCGCCAUGUUCUAAACCUGAAGAUCCUGUGGGCCGUUUUGACCGAGUUCCGCACUGUUGGGCCCUUCGAGCUGAACUGGGAGACCCAGCAAUACAAGUGCUGGAUUAGUCAGUACAUUACUUUUGCUCUGCUGGCCAGUCUGCAGGCCGUCAAUCUCUUCUGGCUGUUCCUGAUCCUGCGCAUUCUCGCCAACUACAUCUUCAACAGCGUUACCAAGGAUGAGCGCAGUGAAGACGAAGACGAGGAAGAGGAAGUCGAGGCCACCAAGGCUACUGCCACCGGUAUCGAGUCCAAGGAGAACCAGGCUCCCCAGGUCCUCAUCAAUGGCCAACCCGUCACCGAGCAGUCCGGUCCGCGCACACGCAGCAAGAAGGACACAUAA